AUGGAUUCCCCCGUCGAGAAAACCACUCUGCAGUUCAUCCAAUGGUCCGAUCUCUACACAACCGAGAAGCCCUUCCAGAUCUUCAUCGACCUGCCGCCCUCGGCCGGAGAUGCCCGCCGUACGAACGUCGUCUUCGAGCAGCGCGAAGUCAUCCUCCAAGACAUGCGCGGCAGCGAAUCAAGCUUCAGCCUCGACAGGCACGGGUUUAUAGCGCGGCACCACGCGCGGAUCCCAGGCCUCGAGAGUCCCACGACCUCGUUCAUAGAGACCGUGUAUCUCCCAGCCGUCAUCGAGCUGCUCAAGAGAGAGGUCGAGGGCGCGGAUCGGGUCGUCAUCUUCGAUUGGAGGGUAAGUCGAAGUGCGCAUGCGCGCGCUGAGGACGAGAGCGUUGAUCUUAAAGAUCUCUCGGAUAGACUGGCCCCCGCGAGAAGCGUGCACGUUGACCAAGCACCGCUCGCAGCCUUCCGGAUCGUGUCGAGAGAGCUGCCGCAGGAAGCCGAAGAGCUGCUCCGAGGCCGUUUCAGAAUCAUCAAUGUGUGGCGGCCGCUGCAGCACGCGGUCGAGGACUGGCCGCUGGCGGUCUGCGAUGGGAGCACGGUCGAUGACAAUGAUCUCCUGGAGACGGAUAUCGUCCGGCGAGACUUCCGCGAGCAUGUCGGCGCCAACAUGUUCGCGCUGCAUCGCGAGAGGUACCGCUGGUAUUACCUCUCGCGCCAGCAGCCGGACGAGGUCCUGAUCUUCAAGCAGUUCGACACGGAGUCGGGUGUCAAGGCCAGAUUUUGUCCGCACUCAUCGUUCAAGUGGAGUCGUGCGCAUAAGGGGGCGCUCCCGCGCGAGAGCGUGGAGGUGAGAGCGCUGGUUUUCACGGAUGCUUGAGAUGCUGGCU